AAAUUUAAAUCAAAUCGAAAAUAAGAAUUCUAAUUUAUCCACCUAUAGUAUAAUGAACUAACUAAAAUUAGCAAAGCUGCCCCCUUCCUCGAUGAAAACCCCGCCGCCAAACAACCGCCCCCAGAUCGGCGGCGUAUGGUGGCCGGCGCUAGUGGCCGCCGCCGUGAAACUCCUCCUAAUCCCCUCCUACCGCAGCACCGAUUUCGAAGUCCACCGCCACUGGCUAGCCCUUACCCACUCCCUCCCCCUCUCGCAAUGGUACUCCGACGCCACCAGCGAAUGGACGCUCGAUUACCCUCCUUUCUUCGCCUACUUCGAGAAAUUCCUCUCCUUCUUCGCCUCCAAGGUGGACCCCACCAUGGCCGAUGUCCACCGCGGCCUCAAUUACGCCUCCCCUCCGGCGAUCCUCUUCCAGCGCCUCUCCGUGAUACUAUCCGACGUCGUUUUGGUGUACGCCUCUCACAGAUUGACCAAAGGCGGAAAUUUCGGUUGUGCACAGAGGCUUUUGAUCUGGUGUUUGGUUAUUUGGUCGCCGGGGUUGUUAAUUGUGGAUCAUAUGCAUUUUCAGUACAAUGGAUUUCUGUUAGGGAUUUUAUUGCUGUCAAUUUCGUUUUUGGAGGAAGGGAGGGAUUUGAUUGGAGGGUUUGUUUUCGCGGUUUUGCUCUGUUUUAAGCAUCUAUUCGCAGUGGCUGCGCCGGUUUAUUUCGUGUAUUUGUUUAGGCAUUACUGUAAUGGCGGAUUGGUGAAGGGGUUUGCGAGGUUGGUGGUUAUGGGGAGUGCGGUUUUGGCGGUUUUUGCCGCUGCUUACGGCCCGUUUUGGUACUACGGGCAGAUACAACAAGUUCUCCACCGCAUGUUUCCUUUCGGCAGAGGACUUUGUCAUGCUUACUGGGCUCCAAAUUUCUGGGUAUUCUAUAUAAUAUUAGAUAAAUGUCUGGCAUUUUCGCUCGUGAAACUAGGGUUUGAUAUCCAAGCACCAACAGCUUCAUUCACAGGCGGUCUAGUUGGGGAUUCGUCACCAUUUGCCGUACUACCCACGAUCACCCCUUUGAUUACAUUCGUCACGGUCAUAUUGGCAAUAUCUCCUUGUCUCGUAAAGGCGUGGAGGAAUCCACAACCUAAGAUGGUAUCUAAAUGGAUAUCGUAUGCUUAUACGUGCGGGUUUCUAUUCGGAUGGCAUGUUCACGAAAAGGCGUCGCUUCAUUUCGUGAUUCCUUUAGCUGCAACAUCCUUGAGAAGCGCUGAGGAUGCUAGACACUACUUCUAUUUGUCCAUAGUGUCUUGCUACUCGCUUUUCCCUCUUCUGUUCGAAGCCCAAGAAUAUCCAAUUAAAGUCGUAUUGCUUCUUCUACAUUCUCUCGUCAUGUUUUUCGGGUUUUCCUCUAUUUUCCCUCGGAGUAUUUCUACAACAGCAACUGCAGUUAAGGGAGGAAGAGAUAAUAACAAUAAACAAGAAACUCCUACUUUCUACAUCGGAUGGUUCGGAAAAUUCUAUCUGUUGGGCUUAUUGUGUAUCGAGAUAUGGGGGCAGUUUCUCCAUCGUAUCGUUUUUGGUGACCGAUUUCCCUUUUUACCCCUUAUGAUGAUUUCUAUAUAUUCUGCUAUAGGAAUGAUGUACUCUUGGAUUUGGCAACUAAGAAUGAUUUCUUUGAGCCAUUGAUUUUAUAUAGCUUAAUUAAUUGCUUGACUUGUAAAUUAGGAUAUAGUCUCAACUGUAACAUGAGGGAUAAUCAAAGGCUUUUUUUUUUUUUUUU